AUGCCAGAAGAAGCAGCGAGUAUGUUGCCCGCCGCCGCAAGGUUGAAACUCAGGCAGGACCGGUGGCUCGAGACGCUCAGCAAAGUCUUUCUCGUGAGUGAGGGCUACAUCGUCAGAAGGCCCCCAUCGCUCCUAGAAGACCUGUACAGGGUGGUGACCGUCGAGAUCUUCGGCAAUGGCCGAUGCUUCGUGGUGCUGAUCAUCGAGCCCCCAGUGGAAGAGGAAAACAAGUCCGCUGGCUGGGAGAGACUGGACGCGUUCCAGCGGGAUUAUUGGUUCCAGCCCGUCAGAGGACAGCCAAGAAAUCAGGACAUCUACGGGGCCCUGCAGAUGGGGGACGAGGUGAUCUUCACGAAUAAGGGCCCGCCAGAGAAAGACGGGGGGGACGCGUCGGCGUCGAGAACCUUCGAGGCCGAGACGGUGCUGAGUUGGGACGCGGAUAUGGCUGUGAUCGACUCCCAGCUCGAACAACCGCAAAAGCUGCAGGUCUAG